UAGUAAACAGGACUGUAUUAAGGGCAUGCCCGCCCACAUGUUCACACCUCCAUCAAUUAUGUAAAAGAGUCAUUAAUGAAGAAUGCCCAUCUACUAGCAGAGAUAUGGUACAUAUAUAGGCCGACACAAGACACAACAGACACUCAUCACUCAGAGUUCACUUCAGGAUGUCCUCCGAGAUGCAGAGAGAGCACAGCGACAUGGUUGCCAGAAGAAAAUACAAGAGAUACUCCAAGCAGAAAAUGACCUACCUUGGUCUCAUCGCCUAUGCCAUCCAAAACGCACCGGAGAAAAGAUUAACGUUUUGCGAGUUAAUGAAUGCCAUUGGAGCGUUGGUGGAUGGAGAUCGAAAAGGCCUUGAAAAUAAUAUCAGAGUAUGCUUAUCAUUAAACGACUGCUUUGUAAAGGUGCCUAUAAACCCAGAGUGUCCAAACGCAAGACGCAAUUUUUGGAAAGUGGAUGGAAGUAAAAUUACUCCAAAGAUGCUGCGACGACACUUCAGUAGUAUGCGUGACAUCCUCCCAGACACUCAUGAAAACACAGAAAGUUCCUCGGCGAGGAAUCCAACUGUAAACAACACUAAAGGCACCGAGGCGAAGAAGUUCACCAGCUCAUUUUCCAUCGAGUCCAUUUUGCGACGGGAAUGCAGCGCCCCCACGAGGCCUACUUAUUUUACAAGCAGCUACUCCAAUGUAGACAACGGGUGGUCAUGCAAAAGGAAGGCAUGGGACUACCCCGAUCAGACUGAAUGUGCCAGUUUCAGAGGAUCAAAUUCACACUUUACUUUUCCACCUUACUCACAGGGCCAGAUGAAUGAUAGAUGCAUUUCUGUCAGCCCUCCAUCUAAAAGGACAUGCCCUGCUUCUGAACUAUCUUACAACUAUUUUGACAACAUCAGACAAUUCACUUCCAAUUCUGUGACAUGGGCAUACCUAUAAUACUGCACUUAUUCAUCUUCUGAUUAAGACACUUAUCAUUUAAGACUGGAUUUUUUCUAAACGUCCUGCAGAUUUCCUCUAUGCAUGGUUGAAAAUGUCUGUGAACAUUUCAUUUGUAAAAUAAAAGUUUGCAAUGUGUUUUUCUAA